AUGUCAGAAAUAGCCAAAGCAGUAUCUUCACGGUCAUGUUAUUUAAGAGCCUUCUUAUGUCUGAUCGUUGUUAUCUGCUUGAUUAUGCUCACGGUUCCCUUAGCGCCAUGGAAGUACACUGCCUAUCUGCCAUCUCAGUUGACUGUUUUUGAAUCAUUUUUCGUACGAAAUUCAAAAAAUGCAACGGUCAAAGAACUUUUGCAAGAUAUCUCAAGACGAGUCAAAGUUCCCGUGUUAGAUUGUGCAGCAAUAUUUAAAGGCUCUAUUAACGCAACUGUUGCUGCCAAACAUGUUUUAAGCAAUAUCAGCGUUCCGCUUUCGGAUUCAUUUUACUUAAAUCUAACAGAAGACUGUGAUGUCUUCCAAAAACAACGUGGGUAUAUAAUGUCGUCAUUGACGGACGAGGAAGAGCAGUUUCCCAUAGCUUAUUCAUUAAUGGUUUAUAAAGAUACUGAGAUGGUAGAGCGACUUUUACGUGCCAUCUACCGACCACAGAAUCUUUACUGCAUCCACGUAGACCUUAAAGCUUCGAACACCACUUUCGAGGCAAUUUCUGCAAUAGCAAAUUGUUUUAACAACGUAUUCCUCUCAAGUAGACGAUGCGAUGUAAUCUGGGGCGGAUACACAGUACUUGAACCAGAGCUUAACUGUAUGGAAGAUUUGUGGAAGUACUCAAAAUGGAAGUAUUUCAUCAACUUGACUGGACAAGAGUUUCCCUUGAGAACAAAUCACGAGCUUGUGAAAAUUUUAACUCUAUAUCGAGGAGCAGUCGACGUCAUGUCAUCAGUCAAGAGGGUGAGUUUCAGGAGAUUUCCCCGUCGGAAAGGUCCACCUUACAGAUUGCGAAUUGUCAAGGGACAGGUUCAUAUUGUGGUCAACAGGGAAUAUGUCGAUUUCCUUCUCCACAAUCAAAUAGCAAAACAUCUUUUGGGCUGGUCAAGGAUUACACAAUUUCCAGAUGAAACUGUCUUUGCCAUACUCAAUUCAAAUCCACAACUGGGCAUUAAGGGAACCUAUACAAAAUGGCCUGAAGAGUCAGCUUCUAGAGGAUCAUUUGCAAGGUUUAAGAACUGGGAUAAGAGCGGAAUCCCAUGCGCUGGACGUCGGGUCAGGAAAAUAUGUAUUCUUACAACAGGAGACUUGCCGCUUCUAGGGCAAUCCCUGAUGAUGUUUGCCAACAAAUUCUUUCUUGAAGAAGACAGAGUUGUCAUCGGCUGUCUGGAAGAGAAAAUCUUCAACGAUACAAGGGAUGAAUAUAUGGGCACUAAAGUUUUCAAUACCACACCUUAUCUUAAUGCAGAUUUUAUUACAAAUAAAGUGGAAUAG